AUGGCUGUGAUAUUUUUGAGAAUGCAUAUGAAAUGGGAAUCUCCUAAAAAUGUGCAUGAAACGGGCAAGGAGAUCACGGCGGAUGAGGCCGGCGGCAGCAAGGGGUCGGGGCCCGGCUGCGAGCACGUCAACAAGCUGCCGCCGCCCCUGUCGGCCGAGGAGGAGGCGGCGGCGCCGGAAUGGCUGCGCGUGCUGCUGCGGACCAAGUUCUGGGGGCAGUGCAAGCAGCACGUGGACGCGAGCCGCUCGGAGGAGUGCAUCUUCUGCCUCCGCUGCUGCAAGGUGCUCUGCCCGCACUGCGACCACGCGGAGCCCGGCCACCGCCUGCUCAAGGUCCGCCGCUACAUGUACCGCUCCGUCGUCCUCGCCAAGGACAUGCAGGACCUCAACGUUGACGUCUCCAGGAUACAGGUUGGUGUAGACAUAUCCCAGGAUGAAUUCUCGGGGCCUGAAGCUGAGCGCAGGCACAGGCAGGUUCUAGGAAAUGUGAUGGAAUCGCCUCCCCUCCUGCAGAACCCCCCGCGACCAUUUGAUGCCUCGCCGGUGGAAGAUGAAGACGCCAUCAUGGCUGAAGCUGAGCGUGGGCAGGUUCAGACGAACGCCACGGAGUCGGCGUCGUCCGCGGUAGCAGCAGCAGCUGCAGAUGAGAUUAUGGCUGAAGCUCCUGUGAUCAACGUCGACCCCCACUCCCUGAGGAGGCGGUCUCGCAAGCAGGCGGAGCCUCAGAGGGCUCCGUUCUUCUGA